AUGGCCGCAGCCAUGGUAGCGAAGGCCGCCGUCGUCACCACCACGACCACCACCAGCGGCUGGAGCGCGACGCCGCCGCCGGCGCUGCCGGGCAGCAAUGGUGACCACGACCACAAGGCGAAGGUGACGACGACGAAGACCAUUGCCGAUGUCGUUGUCGACGAGGAUGAGCUGUUCGAGCUCGACAUCGCACUCCUGGACGGCCGCGACGACGACCACCAACACAACAACCGCGGCCGCAGUCCUGCUGCCGGUGCCGACGACGACGCCACCGGGCACGCGCUGCUGGCUAACUGCCUGCUGCCGCUGCGGUCGGUGAGCAACGCGGUGCCGGUGGCGGCGAGCGGCAGGCUGUCGUCGUCGUACCCCUACUCCGGCUAUUACAGCUCCAGGAGGCUCUUCACGCCCCGCAGCAGCAGGAGGUUCCUUUUCCUUGGACGCUCAGCUGGGAAUUCUUCAGCGAUGCUUUGCUUCUCCAGCAGAGGCUUCGAAGCCAUGGGGAACUACUUUCAGAGGUACUGA